GAGCUGUGGCGGCGGCUGCGCCGGGCUGUGUGUCUCUCGCCGCUGGAGGAAGAUGAGGCUGAAGAUUGGGUUCAUCUUACGCAGUUUGCUGGUGGUGGGAAGCUUCCUGGGGCUCGUGGUCCUCUGGUCUUCCCUCUCCUCACGGCCGGACGACCCGAGCCCGCUGGGCAGGAUGAGGGAAGACAGAGAUGUCAAUAACCCCAUGCCCAACCGAGGAGGCAAUGGAUUAGCUCCUGGGGAUGACAGAUUCAAACCUGUGGUACCAUGGCCUCAUGUUGAAGGAGUAGAAGUGGACUUAGAGUCUAUUAGAAGAAAAAACAAGGCCAAAAAUGAACAGGAGCACCAUGCUGGAGGAGAUUCCCAAAAAGACAUAAUACAGAGGCAGUAUCUCACAUUUAAGCCUCAGACAUUCACCUACCGUGAUCCUGUGCUACGCCCAGGGAUCCUUGGUAACUUUGAACCCAAAGAACCUGAGCCUCACGGAGUGGUUGGUGGCCCUGGAGAAAAAGCCAAGCCAUUGGUUUUGGGACCAGAAUUCAAACACGCAGUUCAAGCCAGCAUUAAAGAGUUUGGAUUUAACAUGGUGGCAAGUGACAUGAUCUCACUGGACCGCAGCGUCAAUGACUUACGUCAAGAAGAAUGCAAGUAUUGGCAUUAUGAUGAUAACCUGCUCACUUCAAGUAUUGUCAUUGUCUUCCAUAAUGAAGGAUGGUCAACCCUCAUGAGAACAGUCCACAGUGUAAUCAAAAGGACUCCAAGGAAAUAUUUAGCAGAGAUUGUGUUAAUUGAUGAUUUCAGUAAUAAAGAUCACUUAAAAGAAAAACUGGAUGACUACAUUAAGAUGUGGAAUGGCCUAGUGAAGGUAUUCCGAAAUGAGAGAAGAGAAGGAUUAAUUCAAGCACGAAGUAUUGGUGCUCAGAAGGCUAAACUGGGACAGGUUUUGAUAUACCUUGAUGCCCACUGUGAGGUGGCAGUUAACUGGUAUGCACCACUUGUAGCUCCCAUUUCUAAGGACAGAACUACAUGUACUGUGCCUCUAAUAGAUUACAUAGAUGGGAAUGAUUAUUCCAUUGAACCACAGCAAGGUGGGGAUGAAGAUGGUUUUGCCCGAGGGGCCUGGGACUGGAGUUUACUGUGGAAACGUAUUCCUCUAAGCCACAAGGAAAAGGCCAAAAGAAAACAUAAAACUGAACCUUAUCGAACCAUUUGCACUGUGCCGCUUAUAGAUGUCAUAAAUGGCAACACAUAUGAAAUUGUACCCCAAGGGGGUGGUGAUGAAGAUGGGUAUGCCCGAGGAGCAUGGGAUUGGAGUAUGCUCUGGAAACGGGUGCCUCUGACCCCUCAAGAGAAGAGACUGAGAAAGACAAAAACUGAACCGUAUCGGUCCCCAGCCAUGGCUGGUGGAUUAUUUGCCAUUGAACGAGAAUUCUUCUUUGAACUGGGUCUCUAUGAUCCAGGUCUCCAGAUUUGGGGUGGUGAAAACUUUGAGAUCUCAUACAAGAUAUGGCAAUGUGGUGGCAAAUUAUUGUUUGUCCCUUGUUCUCGUGUUGGACACAUCUACCGUCUUGAGGGCUGGCAAGGAAAUCCUCCACCCCUUUAUGUCGGGUCUUCUCCAACUCUAAAGAAUUAUGUUAGAGUGGUAGAGGUCUGGUGGGAUGAGUAUAAAGACUACUUCUAUGCUAGUCGUCCUGAAUCAAAGGCAUUACCAUAUGGGGAUAUAUCUGAGCUGAAAAAAUUUCGAGAAGAUCACAACUGCAAAAGCUUCAAAUGGUUCAUGGAAGAAAUAGCUUAUGACAUCACUUCACACUACCCUUUGCCACCCAAAAAUGUUGACUGGGGAGAAAUCAGAGGCUUUGAAACUGCUUACUGCAUUGAUAGCAUGGGAAAAACAAAUGGAGGUUUUGUUGAACUGGGACCCUGCCACAGGAUGGGAGGAAAUCAGCUUUUCCGAAUCAAUGAAGCAAAUCAACUCAUGCAGUAUGACCAGUGUUUGACAAAAGGACCCGAUGGAACAAAAGUUAUGAUUUUGCACUGUAAUCUAAAUGAAUUUAAGGAAUGGCAGUACUUCAAGAACCUGCACAGAUUUACUCACAUUCCUUCAGGAAAGUGCUUAGAUCGCUCUGAGGUCCUACAUCAAGUAUUCAUCUCUAAUUGUGACUCUAGUAAAAUGACUCAAAAGUGGGAAAUGAAUAAUAUCCACAGUAUUUAGAAAGAAUAAAAGAAACCAAUAAUCUACCUACUGACAAGUAAAUUUACACAGGACUGAAAACCGCCUGAAACCUGCUGCAACAAUUAUUAUUAACUUUGUACAGCUCCAAACCUGGAACCUCCUGAUCAGUUUGAAGGACAUCGAUAAACUGUGAUUUUACAAUAACAUUAUCAUCUGCAGUUACUGUUUACAAAACUGCUUUUACCUUAAACUUUGUAGAUGUUUACAUCUUUUUUGUUUCGUUUUAAGAUGAUGUUGGUAAUUUGUGCCUUUAACUCUGUUUUGUGGAAAUAGAGUUAAAAGCAUGUCGUCUUCUUUGGGAUUACACUCAGGGGUCUGAAAGGCAGUUUGAUUUUUUUUUUUUUAAACACUUGAAAAAAAGGUUGUAGUAACCAGACUUUCAUAUAUAACUUGGUGAUUAUCAACCUCCUGUCUUUAUUUAAUUUUACAUCUUUUUGAAGCACUGCCACAGGUUAUUAGCCAAGGUGGCCUUCCUUCACAGUCAUGCUGCUUUUUUGAAAGGUGAAUUUCAACACAUUUAGUGCCUCUUUCAUUUCUCAGUAUAUUUUUCAAGAGCUUUUGAUGAAAUUUAUAGAUGGUAAUGAUGGAAUGAAUUGUCACCUGUAUCAGGAAUACUUGGACUUCUCAGAAAUGAAUUUGUGUGCUGCCAUUUGCUAUGAAGUUGAAUGUUAUGUGGCUUGAAUAAGAAAUGAUGAUAUGUCACACCUCAAGGCUAGUACACGGGGUUUGAAGAUUGUGUGGCAUUAACUCCCUCACCUGCUGGCAUUCUCAGUACCAUCAGUCCCUGCCAACUCCUAGGGUAGCAAAGGGGUCUUCCAACUAGAGAAAAAUGGUACUCCUACAUUUAGGAUUUACUUUUCCUCAGUACCUGCUGAUAUAGAAAGCUAUAAAUAAUUCUCAGUUUUGAAAUUGGGGCAGGGCAGGGGAUACCCAAAACAACAUAACACCACUAUGAACACAUCAAAGGUUCAUUCUGACUGAGGUAAGAAUUGCUAAGCCCUUUUUUAGAUUAAGCCUUAUAAAACUCCUGUGCAUUACAUCCUAAGUUGUAUAACCUAUGAAACCAAGAGUGAAUUGACGUUUCAUUUAUCUUCAUCCAAGUGAAAUUCCCUACAUAUAUUUUAAAUUAAAUUACUAAGAAUACCAUUCAUUAACAAUUGUGAACUACUUUUUGUUGGAUUGGGUAUUAGUUCUCUAGUGUUUCUUAAUUUCUUUUUAGGAAGUGUAUUUUUAUUAGCAUUUUUCCAGUGAAAAGAUUUGUUUAGGUUUAAACAUUUAUUAGGAUAGUACCUACUAUAGGAGAACCAAAUACUACAAAUAAUCAAUUCAAUUUUGGUGUCUAAAUAAAGUCUUUUAUUACCCAAAAGAUUAAAAUGCCUAAGUUGAGUACUUAAAAAAUGUGAUAAGGUAGAAAAUGGCAAGUAAAUUAAGCAUUUUUGAUCUGUAAUCAUGGUAUCGUUACAGUGAAAGGAAUUUAAAAACUACUACCAGAGGGAAAUGUUUUUAAAGCCUAAAAAAGAAAAGAAAUCCUACAUUUGUUUAAAAGAAAAACCUACAUAUUUGUUUCAUCCAAGCUUAGUUUUUAAAUUUGGAGAGUAAAAGUUAAACAUCCUAAACAGAGUUUUACUUAAAAUUUUGAGUUGUCAGUUUGUAUUUUGCUACUGAUCUGUGAUCAACCAUUUUAAUGUUCAUCCAUUUCUAGGGAUAUUUAAAAAAAAGAAAUACAUUUAUAUGCUUAUAUAAUUGCAAAAUAAAUCAACUAUGAAAAAGAAACAAAGAGAAUUGAAUUGGUACUUUAAUUACUUUUGUGUUGGCAAAUAAGCCCCAUUUUCCAUGUUGAAUAGUUUAUAAUCUUGUUAUCUAUGCAUAGGCCUAAGAAAGGUGGCACAUGAACUGUGCAUGUAAUUUUAUGGGUAAAAUUAAAUGUUUUUUUGUGCAAUUCAUUAAAAGAAGAUACUCUAUGAACAUGAUUCUAUAUAUUGAAAUCAGAAAACUUACCAAACAUGAAAAACAUCAGAAGCUGCUGCCAUAAUGACUAUUUUCUACUGUAGGCUACUCUGGAAAUAAUUCCCAUAUCCUUGCUUUGUAAGUUGAUAAUAUCACUAUGCAUUUCUACACAUUUUAUAAAUUUGAUUUAUGCAGAUUUUGAUACACUGUAUGUUUCUGUAGAAAUUGUACAAAUAUUCAGAAUUUUAUUAGGGUAAAUUUGAGAAGUUUAUGUAUAUCUUAAUUCUGGGUUGCUUGUUUUUUAGGUGAGAAAAAAAUAAAAUAUUGUAUUUUAAUC